AACCGUACCAUACCAUACCAUGCCCAGCCCUAGACAAUGGUAGUAUGUGUUCCUUCUUGGUAGGGAGUGCUACUGGAUACCGGUUGAAAAAAAAAAAAAAAAGAGUGUGUUCCUUCUGGUCUAAUUUCCCGUCCACAUUCACUAUUAUCAAGAAAUAUAUAAUGCUAUAAAUGUGUAUAUUGAUGACAUAACCCAUAUUUCAUAUUUGUGUGUUAAAUUAACAAGAGAAGAGAUUGAUUGUGAAUGGCAGUUGAGAAAUCAGAGGAGGAAUGGCGAGCCAUUCUAUCUCCCGAGCAGUUUCGGAUCCUCCGUCUCAAAGGAACUGAGCUGAAGGGCACUGGUGAAUAUGACAAAUUUUUUGGUGAAGGGGUCUACAAUUGUGCUGGUUGUGGAACCCCACUGUAUAAAUCCUCAACCAAAUUUGACUCUGGCUGUGGCUGGCCUGCUUUCUUUGAGGGUCUCCCUGGGACAAUAAAUCGCUCCCCAGAUCCAGAUGGAAGGAGGACAGAGAUCACCUGUGCUGCCUGUGGUGGACACCUUGGUCAUGUUUUCAAAGGGGAAGGGCACAAGACACCCACAGAUGAACGCCACUGUGUGAAUAGCGUUUCUGUCAAGUUUAUCCCUGCGAAUACCUCAGCUUAAUUCUGAUACUCUUUCAUUUGUAAUGUUAGAAAUCAGUUGUUCUGUGCUAGACGGCUAGACCUUAGUACCAUUCGUUAUAAUAACAACUUGUUUCUGGAUUAUUUUGUUUUAAAUAUUUCUUGAGAAUGCUUUUCAUCCACUCAA